AGUUAGCCGUUAGCACUGAACGCUAACAGCCGGAGAGUGUAAUGGCGGCCUCGGUGUUGUUGGGGUCUGCGGACAACACCGGAAUUACCUUUACUGUGGGAGGCGGCAGCAGCGGGAAUGUUUUGAAUAAUCAUGGACUAGGGCCAGCGGGCCCGGCACCCUGGAACCGCUCCUUGGACCGGGCACUGGACGAAGCCUCGGCUACAGGGUUUCUGAACCUCAGCGGCAGGAAGCUGAAGGAGUUCCCCCGGAGCGCCGCCAACCACGACCUGACGGACACCACCAGGGCCGAUCUCUCCCGUAACCGUCUGCCUGAGCUUCCUACGGACGUUUGUCUCUUUGUGUCUCUGGAGAGUCUGAACCUGUAUCAGAACUGUCUGAGGUCUCUGCCAGAGAGUCUGCUGAACCUGCAGAGUCUGACCUACCUGAACCUCAGUCGGAACCAGCUUUCUGUCCUGCCUGUCGUCCUCUGCAGUCUUCCUCUGAAGGUUUUGAUCGCCUGCAACAACAAACUGGUUUCUCUACCAGAAGAAGUGGGACAGCUGAGACACCUUACUGAGCUGGACGUGAGCUGUAAUGAGCUCCAGACGUUACCAUCUCAGGUGGGUCAGCUGGAGGCUCUGAGGGACCUGAACAUUAGAAGAAACCACUUGGUCACACUGCCACCAGAGCUUGCUGACCUCCCUCUGGUGCGUCUUGACUUCUCCUGUAAUAAAGUGACCUCCAUCCCCGUCUGUUACCGAAGACUCACACAGCUCCACACCAUCGUUCUCGACAACAAUCCUCUGCAGACACCACCUGCACAGAUCUGUAUUAAAGGAAAAGUCCACAUAUUUAAGUAUCUGAACCUGGAGGCCAGUAAAACGACCCCUGACCUCCCAGACUACGACAGACGACCUCUGCCCUUCAGCUCCUGUGUUGACGAGCUGUAUCCUGGACGUCCAUACGGGGCACUGGAUUCAGGCUUCAACAGUGUCGACAGUGGAGACAAGAGAUGGUCGGGGAAUGAGCCCACAGAGGAGCUGUCGGAGCUGCCACAGAGAGUAGCAGAAAUCAGCAGAGAGCAGAGACAGAGAGCAACAGGGGGCGGCGCUUCACUGCUGUCCAAUGGAACAUGUGUGGAGCUGGAGCAGAUCGACUUCAUCGACAGCUGUAUAGAAGAGGAGGAGGAGGGGGGGAGGAGUCAGCGAGGAGGCGGCGGCAGUGACAGUACCAGCCUAAGUUCUCAGUUCAUGGCUUACAUCGAGAGACGUAUCACCAGAGAGGGUUCACCAGUCAAAACCAAUGCAUCCAGGACGGAGGACACAAGAAGACAAAACAGAAGUCUGGUCGAUGGUGUCACUGUGCCCUCCACCUCUCAAAACCAGAGAGGACAAGGACCAGGGGGUGUGGAGAGGAUGAGGAGGGAGGCUUAUCUUGCCGCUAUCAGGUACGACGAGGAGAGACAGAAGACCCGAUCUGUUCCCAGUUUCACCAAGCAUAAAACAGCUCAGAGUCCAACAAAGUCCAUUCCAGACAGUGAGACCCUCUACCCCUCCAGACGCUCCACCCACACAGAUGACUCCGCCCUCUUCAUGGGUGAGGACAGAGCAGCCCUGUCUUCUACAGCCAAUCAGUCGCCUUCUUACCCCAGCUCAGUGGGCGGGUCCUCCUGCCGGACAGCCAAUCUGAGACCAGAGAGCUUCCUGUUUCGUCUCGGCCAGAAAGAAGAGAAGAGAAAAGGAGAUGCUGGUGCCGCUUCACCAGCCAACCCUCAGAACCAGGAGGAGCCGCCUGCUGCACCUGUUUUGGUUGGUGAAGAUGCUGAGCUGGUGGAGCAGCUCAGGAAGAACAUAGAGGCUCGUCUCAAAGUGUCGUUGCCAAGUGACCUGGGUGCUGCUCUGACAGACGGGGUGGUGCUGUGUCACCUGGCCAAUCAUGUGAGACCACGGUCUGUCCCCAGCAUCCAUGUCCCCUCCCCUGCUGUGCCUAAACUCACCAUGGCCAAAUGUCGGCGGAAUGUAGAGAACUUCCUGGAGGCAUGUCGCAGGAUCGGAGUCCCACAGACUCAGUUGUGUCUUCCUCUACACAUUCUGGAAGAACAAGGGCUCCCCCAGGUGGCUGGGACUGUCGGGGCUCUGCUUGAACUUGCACCACCCCGACAUCCUGUCACCACAAUAACUACAACAUCAUGAAUUACACCUGGAACGUCCGUCACCGUGUAGACAACGCUACAUCACCAUCACAAUCAUCACAGCCCAGGCUUAGUCAACCACAGGAAACUAUGACCGUGAGAAGCUGCGUCUGAUGGAGACUUGAACAGAGCUGAACGACUGCAACAAAGGUUUUAAGAAAAAAAACAACUGAGUUUGGAAUGAGUUACAGUCGAAAACUAAAAUGACAACAGGAGAAACCUGGCAACAUAUUAAUGUGUUCAUAAAACCAUGGCAGCUGCUAUGGACCACCGUUUUCUACACAAUUUGUUUUAAAUUAAUGUUUACACAGAUGAUUAUUUAAUGCUAACUGGGUUAAAAUGAAUCAUUCACUUGUAAUAUACUUCCAGUUGUACUCAUAGGUCAUUAUGUCCUAAAAAGAUCCCUUGGUUCGCAGUUCAAGGCUUCUUCUGGCAUCAGUAGCGCAAAAGCUGAAUUUUUUACUGUUUUUUUUAUUAUUAUGGACUUGUUAAUCUUGCCAGAGAGUACUGCAAUACUUGCAAGAACUACUAAAUAAACUGACUUUAGUUCUGUGGAAACAGGAAAGCACCAAAUUUAGGAUUGAUAUUCCCAGUUCCAACUUUAAAAUUAUUCAAUAAGAACGCACUUUAAAACCACACUUUCUUUUUCUUUAAUAUUUGUUCUUAUGUGAUUAGCUGAGCUACCACCAGUAUAGAUCAUCUCUAUCAGACUUUCAUGACCAUGUUAUUUAACAUUUAUAUUUAUGGUUCCGUAAGAAGCGUAAUGGUUAUAACAUAAAGAAGCUAAGAUGCUAAGAAGUUUUUUGUUUUUUAAAAAAAAUAAAAAAUCACCAGACUCUUUAAACUACAUUGCACAUUAAGCUUAUGUUUCUUAUUGAUAAUGGUCCCUGAUUUAGCUGUUUAUUUAAAAAUAAACACUAGUAUAGCUUGCUGCUAAUCUUAGCCAACACUGUUGUAGUUGGUUUGAAAUGGGCACUGACACUGCUAAAUAAUAUGUAUCCGCCCAUAUUUAACUAACACAGCUUAGUAACAUUUAUUUACUGUUAUUUAGCUGCGCUGCAAAGUAACGUUUCUCUACUUUUAUUUGGCGAACAUGGCUAAAUAUCCCAAUAACACUAACAUCUACUGUUUUUAGGGCACCAAAAGCAUUAGCAAAUUAUCUUACAAGAAUAAAUGUUAAAAAAUAGUUGGUAUAACACAGUAGUUAUUUACAAAUGCUGGUGGUUGAGAGGUUACUCUAAUAUACAGGCGUGAAAAUGUGUUUGUCAAAUUAAAGGUGGCUGUAGCAUUUGCAAUUAGCCAACAUUAAAGUAAUUAACAGAGGUGUGAAGCAAGCGAAACUUAGCAACCAUUUGUAAUCUUCAGCUCUGUUUUCGGUCUCCAUCAGUAGAAGGUUGAUCUGAUGACGACCUCAUCCUCUCCGUUUGUUGUUGUUUACCUGGUACAGCUGUGAUGCAGGUAAACAGGUGUUUGCAGCUGGGUGAGUCUGUUGCUUCCUGAUUGAUCAGCCAAAAAUGAUCAAAAUAUUUAUUGAAUAUUGAUCAGCUCCAGCUCAGGUAGUUCACAAUGUGGCCAAAGUAUGUGGACAGCCCAGUUUAUGUAUGUUAUUAAUAAUAACAAUAAUAAUAAUAAUAAAAAAACCAUUUUAUUUAUAAACAUGAGAUACAAAGUUCUAGAAACAAGAGGAAAAUGCAAAAAGUAAAUAACUUAUUGUGUUUAUUUUUAAAGUUAAAAUAUUUUUUUAUAUUUUCCAGAAAGUUAUAUAAAAACUUCCUGAGCUGUGAUUGGAGGAGGUCAGUCAGGUGACAACAGCUCCACAGUUUGUGUUGCAUGCUGGGACGUUUUCACUAUGAUCAUGUGACUUGACACUAACACACUGUGGACUGUGCAGUCUGCAGUCACAAAUAUAUUCUGUAAAUAUACUCAUACAUACAUUUAUAUGUGUGUGUUGCCAUGACAACACACAUCAAGAACAUGGACACAGAUGCAGUUGGUUUUUUCAAAAGACGUUCUCCUUUGGUUCAAACGGUCAACUGCGACCUAACCUCCAGUGAUGUCAUCACAUACCAGGGUUCACCUGGGGUCAAGAUGGAGUCAUGUGACCAAUGUUACCUUUUGGCAUCCAUACAUCCCUUGCUGCAUUUGGGUGCUGAAAGUUUUCCCUCUGGAAUAGAAAAACUUUGUUCUGGUUUCACCUGAAUGCAGUCACACCCAUCAGUCUUCAGCCUCCAACACUAAGCCAUGCCAAGGACUGAACAGUUGUUGUGAUUGAUUGGUGUGCUGUCCAAUCUGGUGUCUCUGUGUCUUGAGUGGACAGAUGGCUCAGCUCAGAUUUUUUGGUUCCUGUUUGUACAGUUUCAUAUGUUAUUUCUCCCCAGUUGACAUGUAUCUCCUGCAGGGGUGACAGGUUAUGUGGGAGCGUGCUGUUGUGCUUUUAAAAAGGACAUUCCACCGUUUUUGGAAGGAGGACACCCAUUUGUAUUUUUGCCUACAAACUGUAUAAAGAUUUGAACAUUUGAACACAGUCGUAUGAAGAGUUGACUUUAAGUGCUUUAAAUAAAUAUUUUAAUUUGA